AUGUCUCACUCCACCGCCGAAAAAGACCCUUCCAUCUUCCCCCUCACCGGCGGCUGCGCCUGCGGCAACAUCCGAUACUCCCUCAAUGCCCCGCCCAUGGUCGUCCACUGCUGCCACUGCACCUCCUGCCAGCGUGAGACCGGCACCGCCUUCGCCCUCAACGCCGUCGUCGAGGGAGACGAGGUGACCCUCCUCCCGAGCAAGUCCUCCUCGUCCGCCUCGCUGCUGCGGCCGCUGGCGUCGUUCCCGGAGUCUGCCUUUGAUGAUUGGACUCCCAGGCAGCAUCAGCAGUCCAGGCCCGCCGACAAUGUUCACGGGACGAGCGAGAACAAGGGCAAGGGCGAUGAUGAUACUGACGAUGCCGGCAAACGCCGCGUCCAGGCCGGUAUCCCUUCACCCGUGAUCCUCCCCGUCCCCGCCGACUCGGGCGCCCCUCAGCACAUUGCUCGCUGUCCCGUCUGUCUCACGCCCGUCUGGAGCAACUACGACGGUACAGGCCCCCUGAUGAAAUUCCUCCGCGUCGGCACCCUCGACGCCCCUGCGCUGCUGGGCGGUCCGGAUGUCUACAUCUUUAUGCGCAGUAAGCUUCCGUUCGUCGAGGUUGCGGACGAUGGUAAGCCCCGCUUCGAUGAAUUCUAUCCUACCAAGGAAGGCGUUUGGGGUCCCCAAGGUCUUGCGCGCCGGGAGAAGCUGCUCGUUCGGAUUAGAGAGUGGAGGAAGGAGAAUGGGCUGGAUGGGUAG